UGGGUAAAUGGAAGUCACCUCUGAUCUCCGGUGACGAGAGUUCUGCUUAGCAGCUCCAGCACCAAGGGCAAUGAGCGGGGGAGGGGAGCAGCCGGAUAUCCUCAGUGUAGGAGUCCUGGUUAAGGAAAGAUGGAAAGUGCUCCGAAAAAUUGGUGGUGGUGGCUUUGGAGAGAUCUACGAUGCCCUGGAUCUGUUAACGAGAGAAAAUGUGGCACUCAAAGUGGAGUCUGCCCAGCAACCAAAACAGGUGCUAAAAAUGGAAGUGGCAGUCCUUAAGAAACUACAAGGUAAAGAUCAUGUAUGUCGCUUCAUAGGAUGUGGAAGGAACGAUCGAUUUAACUAUGUAGUAAUGCAGUUGCAGGGUCGGAAUCUGGCAGAUCUCCGCCGCAGUCAGUCCCGGGGCACUUUUUCAAUCAGCACCAUGCUACGACUUGGGAGACAAAUUCUGGAGGCGAUCGAGAGCAUUCAUUCUGUAGGGUUCCUUCAUAGAGACAUCAAACCGUCAAACUUUGCAAUGGGUCGGUUCCCCAGCACCUGUCGGAAAUGUUUUAUGCUGGAUUUUGGGCUGGCGCGGCAGUUUACAAACUCCUGUGGAGAUGUGCGGCCGCCUCGGACUGUAGCUGGGUUCCGUGGAACAGUUAGGUAUGCUUCUGUCAAUGCACAUAGGAACCGGGAGAUGGGCCGACAUGACGAUCUGUGGUCCCUUUUCUACAUGUUGGUUGAGUUUGUAGUUGGUCAGCUUCCUUGGCGGAAAAUUAAAGAUAAGGAACAAGUAGGCUCCAUAAAGGAACGUUAUGAGCAUCGCCUUAUGUUGAAGCACCUUCCUCCAGAGUUUUAUGUGUUCUUAGAGCACAUCAGCGGUUUGGAUUACUUCACCAAACCAGAUUAUCAGCUUCUCUUAUCAGUCUUUGAUAACAGCAUGAAAUCCUAUGGCGUUGUGGAAAGUGACCCCUUUGACUGGGAGAAGAGUGGCUUGGAUGGCUCCCUAACUACCACAACAACAUCAACCACCCCUCAGCUUCACACUCGCCUAACCCCUGCUGCUAUUGGGAUUGCAAAUGCCAUACCUGGAGACCUGCUGCGUGAGAACACAGAUGAAGUGUUUCAGGAUGAACAACUCAGCGAUGGCGAGAAUGGAAUUCCAAUGAUGGUCUCCCCUGAAAGGAUACCUGGAUCACCCAGUCAUCAGCGCCCCCAGGAGAGGGAUGUUUGGGAAGAAAUGGAUGCCAACAGGAAUAAGAUUAAAAUGGGACUGUGCAAGGCUGCUACUGAGGAAGAACAUAGUAAUGGCCAGGCAAAUGGUUUACAUAAUGCUCCAAGUCUUGGCUCUCCUGUGCGCGUAACCACACAAGAUGUCCCCCUUCUGCGUAAGCUACGCAACAUACACAGCUUUGAACUGGAGAAGAGAAUGACUUUAGAAUCAAAACCUGAUGCUGACAAGUUCUUGGAGAACUGUGCUGAAAAAGUUCAGAAGGAGGCACAUUCAAAAGAGGGACCAGUUGUUGACGGCUCUUCUCCUUCGCCUUCUCAACCACGAAAGACACUUGUUGCUCCCGCUUCUACGCAUGCCGACCAUGUCUGGCAUUAUGAUGAGUAUGUGCCAGAGGGUUCUAAGCCUGGAUCGGCCAGCUCUCCAGAACACUUGGAUGGAAUUGUAAGCAACGGGUUUGUAGCUGUGAAUCUGAGCUCCUGCCGGCAGGAGGUUGACUCCAAAGAGUGGGUUAUUGUAGACAAAGAGCGUGAUUUGAAGGAUUAUGGCUCAAACGGGAAUCGCAGUCAGAAAGUGACAGGGAGCCCUUCCGAAGAGGAACCAGAGGUACUUCAGGUGCUGGAAGAAUCUCCACAAGAUGGUCCUCCAAAACCAAGCUCAUGGACAUACAAUAAGGAUCCUAAUAUACCUGAUCCAAGAGUUGGACUUGACAUCAUGGUUUCUUCAGGCGUGUGUAUGGACAAACUGGAUGUCAUGUCGGGUGCUGCUGGCCAACUGCUUCCAGCGACACCUACAAGUCCAAUGGAGGCUCAGGCUGAAGGAGCAAUCACCCCGCUUGAUGCUUCCCACAUCCUGUUUUCCGCUACCUCAAGACCUCCUAGCAGUCCCAUGCGCUUCACAAGCCCUGUAACAUCCCAGUUGGGUCGCACAGAGUCUCCACCCAAGAGAGAGAUUGGCAUCCCCAAGAGUCAGUCAGCCGAAAGCUACUCUUCCUCCUCCCGUUCUGUUGGCCGCAGGAAGCUUCCGGUCACUCCCCAUUGUGGCACAAAGUACCCCUCUGUAAUUCGAAUAUCAAAAUCCCAGAUGACCAUUCCUCGGCCUUCGGUGACAUCUACACAGUCUGCUUCAGAAAGCUUUCCAUGUGGACCUCAUUUAGAGAAGCGAGAUCGGGAUACCCAUAUCUUAGAGAUGUUGUCACCACAGGAAAAUCCACUAAGAUAUGGUGCAUCAGAAGACCCUGCUGCUACUCUAGCAAACAAAAUAAACCUUGCACUGGAUUUAGACAAAACAAACCAGGAAAAAGGAUGUGUCAAAUCCCUAGACUCCGGCCAUAAAGACUUGGUUAAUAAGAAUUACCAAUCGAUAAGUGAGAAGAAAGGUUUAGAGACUCCAGCACAGUCUCCGUCACAUUCCCUACUUGGUUUCCUUGAAGGUAAGGGGGAACAAAACAAAGGCUUCCAUCCACAUGGGCUAUCUCCUGAGCAGUGCAAAUCCUCUGAAGGUGCAGUGUCUGAUGUUAAUCAACCUGCUGAGACUAGGACUUUCCACUCUGUGCCAAAUGAACAUACAGAUUUUCAAGCUGUGAAACCUGAUGUAGUUUCAGAAGAACACAUGAUUGUCUUUACAGCAGCAGGGGACUCCCUGGAAGUUCAGCAAAACGGUUUUCAUGAAGAAAAGAACAAUGUAGAUGCUAAUGGAUUCCUUGACCACAAGAUGAGCAUGUCCACGUUACUUGAACAAGAGAAUGAUAAAGAUCAAACAAUUCUAAAAAAUGGAGAGCAACUUGACCUGAGUGACAACUCUUCUCUACAAUUUAGAAAGGAUCACACUAAGUCCUCCCUUCCCACCAGACAUAGCCGAAUUCCUGUACUGGCUCCGGAGGUAGACUCGGCUUCAGAAUCCUCUUCUCCAAUCUCUGCUAAGGAGAAGCUUCUUUUGAAAAAAGCUCAUCAGACAGACCUCGUCCGACUCCUACUGGAAAAACGCCAGAAGUCAUUACUUGGUGACUUCUCAAGUGCCUCUGAUAAGUCACUGGAGGAAAAUACCUCACCACCAGCUAUAGGUUUACUGGACAAAGAAGUUUUCUUCAUUCCUAGAACAGUCUCAGAUUCUAAUGUCAGGCAAUCGGAUGAUGGCAGUGGUGCAUCUUACAGCCCUCAGUCAAGAAAAAGCAAAAUCCCUCGUCCUGUGUCCUGGACCAGUAAUGAUCAGAUCAGUAGUGCUCCUCCAACUCCGUUCCUUCCCAGACCCCCACCUGGAAAGCCACCUACACGGCCUGGAGUGGAGGCACGAAUUCGCCGAUAUAAGGUUUUGGGAAGUGGAAACUCUGACUCAGACCUGCUUUCCCGUCUUGCUCAGAUAAUUAAAAAUGGAUCCCAGAAGCCCCGUAGUUCCUCCCAGUCUAAAAGCCCCGGCUCGCCUCACAGUCCCAAAACACCUCCCAAGAGCCCUGUCAUUCCUCGACGCAGCCCAAGUGGUUCCCCACGAAGUUCAUCUUUACCAAGAACCAACAGCUCUUCCUCUUCAAGAAUUGGACGACCCCAUCACUAUGAGCCCAAAAGCUCAAAUUCUUACGUAGGCCGUAGCAAAUCACCACCCAGCCUAUCUGGCUCUUCUUCUUCAAGAAGGUCAUGUCAACAGGAUCAUUGCUGUGGUAAACAAAGCAAGAACCUAUCCAAGGGACCAGGUAGCGGUCAUCAUUCAACAGGCAGCAAAACCAGCCGGGGAAAGCCCUCUAUACGGGAGAGCAAAGUUUCCAGUAAACUGAGCAGAUAGUAACCAGGCUUGGCCUCAUCUGCAGCAGUAAUUUAUUGUUAUGCAUGUUGUGUAUGUCACUAUAUAUUUGAAAAAUCCAAAUCAGUGUUGGUCUUUAUGUUAAUAGGAUUGAGCUGAAUAUCCUGAGUCAUGUUUUUGUCAUGGGAGGAAUAAUAAGAGACUGAUGUCAAUCUGUUUGGGUCUUUGCCAAUGGGGAAGGUGGAUGGGGCUGUUGUGAUUCAGUGCUAGAGCAGCUGCA